AUGCUGCCCCGAAUUAAACUGAAAAGACAGGUAUUAUUUGCCAAAGAAAAAAAAUUCUCACAAGUGGGUUGUUGCCGCUUCAUCAUCACCAAUAGAGAGUUAAAAAGUAAGCUAAAAAAUAACACGCACCUCGUUAGGUUAAUAAAACAUGUCAUUCCAAGUGAGGAGAGGGAAAAGAGCAUGAGCCACGAAGACGAGGGGCAAAUCAUCCAUUUGGGCUUUUCCUACCUGUACAAAAAUGUAACCAUUAACAAAGUAGGGAGAAGAAAAGGCAUGUGGUAUGAAGCGCCUGGUCAGUACAACGAUGAUGUGCUCACCUAUUUCAGAAAUGAGAACUCCAUGGAUGGGUACCAUGAAGUUGUCGUUAGCCACCAUGCGGAAGGAAAAAAAGGAAACAAAUUUGUAAGUAGAGGCAACAUAAAGGAAGUCUAUUCGUAUGUGAUAAAUUCCUUAACGAAGCUGACUCCGCAGCAAGUCCUCCUAACCCUACACAGUUUCAUCAUGCACGGCGUCCAGGUAGAGCAUUUAAUAAAAAUAAACGACCACGUCAUUAACAAUAUAUAUAAUUUCAAAACAAGUGAGCUGAUUUUAAUUCACUUAUUUUACAUCUACUUUGAGGGGAACUGCGGAAAUGGGGUAGCGGGGCGUCCCAUUGCCUCUGUGACGUGCCGUGAUGGAGUCGCUCACCGCGAUGCGGUCGCUUGUCGUGAUGAAGUGACUGGGAGUGAACCCCCUUUUGGAAAAGAGGAAAAUUAUUAUCACUACGAAUAUAAUGACGGUGAGUGUUCGCCGUCCCUCCACAUAACCAAGCACGCGCAGCACAAAAUUCGCACCGUGGCAAAGGAACUCACAAGAUACACCUCCCAUUUGUUCUACAAGAGGAGACAACAGUUGCUCCUAAACCAGAUUGAGGAAAUACUAUUCAUAUGGAGCAAGUACAAUUUGUGUCAUAAGGAAUUAUUCGAUCCUUUCCUUAAAGUGAUUGAAAGGUCGAUGGAGUCAUUACAGGUGAACAACAUGGAAUCCAUUUUAAAGGGGGAGUCUUCUCCUCUUAUUAAAAUUAGAAAGGAGUCUCUUCAUGACCUGAACAAUUUUGACGCUAUAAUUAAAUGCUUUUAUCACCUGUCUGGGGUUAGAGAAAUAACCCUGUUGGACGAGACCCGCCUCAAGUACUUUUCCAAGUUUGGCCUUUUCCUAUGGAAUAAUUUUGCCUUACUGGCCCAGUUACCCCUCCACAAGUUAUUCAUGCUGUUGCAAGUGGGUGAACACAUAUAUGCGUGUGGAGAAAAGGAAAAGCGGGACCGACUACAGUGUCACCUGUUCAGCCUUAUCGAGGGUAAGCUGAAGCAAACCAACCCUGAUCAUCACUGUGGAAGGAGGACCUGCCCACAGGAAGCGUCCAACAAUGAGGCCAAGUGCGUACGCGUGUUAGACGCGGUGCGUGCAUACUACGCGGACAUGUGUAAUUCGAAUAGCCAGUGCAUGGGGGUGAAGCAACCACCUGCCUGUGGCAUUACUGACCAAUCUUGUGAGAAUGUUCACAACGUGGGUGAGACGAACAGGGCGACUCCCACACAUGCGUCACUCCCUAACAUGAGCAAGACGGGUAACGCGGUAGAUGAGCCAAAAAAUUGCACCCGUCACGCUGAUGGCAGCCAUGUAGCUACUCACCAGUAUGGAGGAGACCAAAUUGGGGUGUUAAAUUGCCCCCCAAAUGUAACAUUUCUGAGCAGCAUUAAUGAAUACAUUGCGGUCGGAAGUGAACCCUGUAAAAAGUACCUGCCUACCCUUCUUUCCAUUUUGAAAGGACAAAAAAAAUUCCAACAUAUGGUCCUUUACUUUAUAAAUCAUGUGGAUAAUGGAAGCGGCGCAAAUGUCUUAAUCCCUUUCAUAAAAUUAACACAUGAAUAUGUUAAUAAUAUCUACGCGCUGUCGUACAUGGGGUACCUUUAUAAAUGCGCCAUCACGAGUAAGGAUUUGUCUAACCGAGCCAAUUUGAAUGCGGAGAAAGUCGUGGUAUUACUCUCAACAUUGCACAGACGUAUACGUAGUGAUUAUGAGAUGCUACAUGGAGGAGAACGCAAUGGCAAUCCCCCCAAUGUAUCACCAAAUGCAAUAACAUUUCAUCAACAUAACGAAAUAUUUCUCGCUUCCCUGCGCGCAAGUAACCCAAAUGUGUAUGAACAUGUUCAGGCAAAUUUACUCAACUUGAACUUAAAAGAAAUAAAAAAAUUGGACGAAUUUCUUUUCCAUUAUGUAUACAAACAUGUGGUAAAUGAUACGUUUGAAUAUUUGGAGAAUAUAAUACCGUAUAUGAAUAGCCAACCGUUAGUCAAUCACCUCCUGUGGCUCUUUGUACAAAUAAAUAAUUACUACAGUGUUUAUUCCAACGAAGGAAAAGUCCCAAGGGGAGAGAAAAUUGCUACAUUGUUUUUCCAAAAAAUUUGCAUUUUGAAUUUUUUAAAAAUAUACCAAGACAAAAAUGACAACUGUUACGAAGCAGUGAAGAAUAUUUUAACCUACGUACGUCUACAAAAGGAUGUGGAUAAGGCCCUUUCAAAUUAUGUGUUGAAUUUAUAUUUUAAAAAGUACAUUGGUCCAUUUGGUCAUGAAGCCAUGUAUGUAUAUAUUACGGACAUGCUCCAAAAAUUGGCCAACUGUAAUUGCGUCUUAACGUUUCAGCACGAUGACAUAUUUUUAACAUGCUCAAAUGAGAAGACUGAUCGGUUAGGCGGCUCAUUAUUGAGGAGCCAAGUUAUGCCCAUAAUAAAUACGCUUGUGCAAAAUAACUGCUGCGCCCAUUUGAUUAACUUCCUCCUUUUGGUUAAUGCCCGAGUUAGCUUCAGCACUCUCUUUGCAGGACUUAGGAAUCAUCUUUAUUCCUACGCAUUUUAA